GGUGAAGGAAAGGGGUCGGGGGAUAUGGCUGUGGAUGCGGACGUCGAUUUGAGCGUGAUGCAGCGGUUUGUGGAGAGCAUGGGCCCGAAGAAUGUGCAUAUGAGUGCGGGUGAUCUGGAGGAUAUGGAGCGGAUACAGGCGGAGGAUGAACAGGAGGACGAGGUGAGUAGUGAGGAAGAAGACGAGGAAGGCGAUGAGGACGAAGAGGAGGAACUGGUAUUUGAUGAGGAGGAGAGGGUGCUGAUAGCAGAGGAGGGUGCUGGUCCGCCGAGUGAUGAUGAUGAGGAUGAAGAUGACGACGACGACGACGACAGCGAUGUGGACGAAAGUCCCAGGCGAGGUUUCCAGGCGAGACUGGAACGACUGCGCAAUGCCUCAAAGGGCAAACAAGUCGCCAAAGACCCUUUGUCAAUGUUGGACACUCUAUCAGACGAUGAUGUCUCGGUGGAAUACGCACCUUGGUCAGACGACGACGAUUUGGUCGCUGCGGUGCAGGACUUCAUCGACGGAAAUGAGGACAUUCUCAAUGGCCGCAGCAACAGGAAGGAGAGAAACAAGUUAUUCCGGGCCAUACAGCAAGGGACGUUUGAUGAGUUGGAGGAGUUUGCGCCAGCGAAGCGGAGGAAGGAUAAAGGGAAGGACCUCCCCCCUGAACUUCAGGACCAGUGGCAACGAGACCGCGCCAAGAAGGCGGAGUAUAAGCGGCAACGGGAACAUGCUCGGAUAGAAGCAGCCGCAGACCCGCUAGCCCGCAAGAAAGGCGGGAAGAAAGGUCGUAAGACAAUGCGUGCCGCUGCGCGCCUUGACCCUAGCAUCGAAGUGCCCAAUCGGGUCGUGAAUAUGGUCUCGCUGGAACGGCAGAUCCGUAGGUUCAUUGCGGACAUUGGUGGGUCGCAGUCCAUGGCGCUGCCGCCGUGCGACAAGGGUACGAGGAAGAUCGUUCACGAGUUGGCGGGUGCGUUCAAUUUGACAAGCAAGAGCAAGGGAUCUGGAGCCGAUAGAUAUACUACCCUGAUCAAAACUACCAAGACCGGAGUGUAUAUCAAUGAGAAGAAGGUGACGAGGAUCAUGAGGAGGUUCAAGAGCGAUUAUGGAGGGGCAGGCGACGGCUGGGGCACUCCUGGCGGGAAAGGCAGGAGAGUGCCUGCAGCAUUGCCCAAGCAUAGAGAGGGAGAUGAAGUUGGCAAGGCGGCGCCCAAGAUUGACAGCACGAACGUUGGAUUCCGCAUGCUGGCCGGUAUGGGCUGGUCCGACGGAGACCGAAUUGGAUUGUCGGGCGGAUUAGAAGCACCUCUAGCGGCUGUCUACAAGAAAACAAAGCUGGGUCUUGGGGCUACGCUAUGAUCUUACGCAGGCUGACUCCGCCGCGGUUCCCGAGGCAUGCUCUUAUUCUCUCUACGUAGCGAUCAAAGGAAGUUUCCUACUAUCAUACGCAGCAGACGGUCAUACAACAGCGACGAUAUGCCACAAACCUGUUGCAGGUGUUCCAAGUGUAACUGAACUUGGUGGCGUGAGAAUUGUGGCCCGCGC